GAAUGCAUUAAUUCUUUAGAAAGAUCAGCAGAAAAUGGUGAUAAAGUAGCAAUGUUUAAUUUAGCCAAUAGAUAUAAAGAUGGAGAAGGAACAGAAAAGGAUUUAGAAAAAGCCCUUUAUUGGUAUCAAAAAGCAGCAGAAAAAGAUCAUAUUAAAGCAAUGAAUAGUUUGGCCAUAUGUUAUUAUCAUGGAGAAGGAACAGAAAAGAAUUUAGUAACAGCCUUUUAUUGGUAUCAAAAAGCAGCAGAAAAUGGCGAAGAUGAAGCAAUGUUUAAUUUAGCCAAUAGAUAUUAUAAUGGAGAAAGAACAGAAAAGAAUUUAGAAAAAGCCUUUCAUUGGUAUCAAAAAGCAGCAGAAAAUGGUUACACUAGUGCAAUGUUUAAUUUAGCAAUAUGUUAUAAAAAUGGAGAAGGAACAGAAAAGAAUUUAGAAAAAGCCUUUCAUUGGUAUCAAAAAGCAGCAGAAAAAGAUCAUAUUAAAGCAAUGAAUAGUUUAGCUAUAUGCUAUGAAAAUGGAGGAGGAACAGAAAAGAAUUUAGAAAAAGCCUUUUAUUGGUAUCAAAAAGCAGCAGAAAAUGAUAAAGUAAAUCCUAAAAAUGAAGUUAAAUCAUCCAAUAGAUAUAAAGAUGGAGAAGGAACAGAAAAGGAUUUAGAAAAAGCCCUUUAUUGGUAUCAAAAAGCAGCAGAAAAAGAUCAUAUUAAAGCAAUGAAUAGUUUGGCCAUAUGUUAUUAUCAUGGAGAAGGAACAGAAAAGAAUUUAGUAACAGCCUUUUAUUGGUAUCAAAAAGCAGCAGAAAAUGGCGAAGAUGAAGCAAUGUUUAAUUUAGCCAAUAGAUAUUAUAAUGGAGAAAGAACAGAAAAGAAUUUAGAAAAAGCCUUUCAUUGGUAUCAAAAAGCAGCAGAAAAUGGUUACACUAGUGCAAUGUUUAAUUUAGCAAUAUGUUAUAAAAAUGGAGAAGGAACAGAAAAGAAUUUAGAAAAAGCCUUUUAUUGGUAUCAAAAAGCAGCAGAAAAUGGUUAUACUAAUGCAAUGUUUAAUUUAGCCAAUGGAUAUUAUAAUGGAGAAGGAACAGAAAAGAAUUUAGAAAAAGCCUUUUAUUGGUAUCAAAAAGCAGCAGAAAAUGGUUAUAUCAAUGCAAUGAAUAAUUUAGCUUUAUGUUAUGAAAAUGGAGAAGGAACAGAAAAGAAUUUAGAAAAAGCCUUUUAUUGGUAUCAAAAAGCAGCAGAAAAUGAUAAAGUAAAUCCUAAAAAUGAAGUUAAAUCAUGUAAUGAA